UCCCAUUAAUGCUUGUUGUUUCUGUAUAAAUGAACUCCCAGACCAUAGGAAACUACAAUCCAAAUUUUCACAUAGAAAAAUUAUGGCGAUAUCUAGUUGUAGGUUCCAGUGUUGCUUCAUCUUGGCAAUGUUGAUACUAGUCGGAAUGUCAAUUUCCAGAAAAAUUUCUGCAGCUCAAAGAUGUAACACAGAUAUUGUGAGUCUCGUAUUGCAGUGCGAGAAAUAUGUAGAAAAAUCAGGACCAAAGGUUUCACCAUCUCCUGGCUGCUGUGCUCUGGUGAAGAGUGUUAAUGUUUCUUGCGUGUGUGUUCUUCUUACCAAGGACAUUCAAGAUAUGAUCAGCAUGGAGAAGGUGGUCUUUGUGGCAAGAUCAUGUGGCAAAAAGAUUUCACCUGGAACAAUAUGUGGAAGUUAUACAGUCCCAAAAGCUUGAAGUGAAGGCUAGAAAAUUGGGCGAAGUUUCUGCUCAUAUUAACAAGAUACGAUGAUCAUGAUACUAUCAAUUCUUACAUAUAUUUUCCUUCUUUUGAUAUUGAUAAAAAAAUAAUAUCUUCUACUGCUAUAGUUCUCUUUAAAAAAAGUAUAGUUUUAGAUAAAUGGUUGAAUCACUCUUGAGGAGAAGCAAGUAACUGCAUAGCUACUACUUAGAGCAAUAACACACAUGUUAAUGCCCUUUCUUUACAAAAUAUGCAAAAUAUUGAGGGCUUUUUUAAUUAUUUGUGGAAGUCAUCCUUCAUACAAUUUCUAUACAGUAAUAGUGAAUAGACACUAGCAUAGAUUUAAAUAUUAAGUCCACUAAAAGGCAAAUUAAGGAAGCAAGACAAUCCAUUCUUUCUCUUGAUGAAUUCCACUUGCCGUGCCAUGGUCCUUGAUUUGUGCGUCUUUUGAAUUUAUCAAUUUGUAAAUGUUAAUGUUU